CUGCACACCUCCAGCAUGAAAAUCACUCAUCUCCUGUUACUUUUCUACCUCAACUUGAGUUCUUCCAAGUGCGUCUCAGUAUCGGAUCCACCUCCACAGGAUCUGGUGGACCAGAAGUGUUUACUGAACCAAUACACGCACCGCUCCUGUAACAAAGUCUUCUGCCAGCCAUGGCAGAAAUGCGUGGAUGGAAGCUGUGUCUGCAAACUCCCUUACCAGUGUCCAAAGAAUGGCACCCCAGUGUGCACCACUAACGGAAGGAAAUACCCCACUUACUGUCACCAGAAGAGCUUUGAAUGUCUGCAACCACAGACAAAGUUUUCAAAUAAUGGAACAUGCACAGCCGAAGGGAAAUUUAAUAUUUCCUUAAGAUAUGGAAAUACAAAAGCAGAGGGAAUUGUUCAAGUCAAACUUGUGGACCAAGAUGAGGAAAUGUUCAUAUGUAAAAAAAGCUGGAGCAUGACGGAAGCCAAUGUGGCCUGUGUUGACCUUGGAUUUCCACAGGGUGCUUUUGUCAUACGAAGAAGGUUUAAUAUACCCGGAAAUCUCCGUAUAAACACCACCAAAUGCCUGCAUGUACAUUGCCGGGGAAUAGAGACCAGUUUGGCGGAGUGCACCUUUACCAAGAGAAGAAGUAACGGUUACCAGGGCUUAGCUGAUGUAGUGUGUUACACACAGGAUGAAGGUUCUCCUACAAAUCAGUCCUUCCGGUGUGUGAAUGGGAAGCACAUUCCUCAGGAGAGAGCCUGCAAUGGAGUCAAUGAAUGUGGGGAUCAAAGUGAUGAGCUGUGUUGCAAAGAUUGCCAAGGUAACGCUUUCCUUUGCAAGUCGGGUGUUUGCAUCCCAAACGAAUAUAAGUGCAAUGGUGAAGUGGACUGCAUUACAGGAGAAGAUGAGACUGGCUGUGACGAAACCAGACAUCCUCAAAUUCGUGAAAACCUUGCACGUUCAGAUCAAGAUCAAGGAGGAGAAACUGAAGAAACAGAAAUUUUGACUGCUGAUAUGGACACAGAAAGACAACGGAUAAAGUCCUUGUUGCCUAAGCUAUCCUGUGGCGUCAAAAGAAGGACACAUAUUCUAAGGAAAAGAGUGGUUGGAGGGAAGCCAGCAGAGGUGGGAGACUAUCCAUGGCAGGUGGCAAUUAAGGAUGGAGAAAGAAUCACCUGCGGGGGAAUUUAUAUUGGUGGCUGUUGGGUUCUGACAGCUGCACACUGUGUCAGACCCAGUAGAUAUCACAAUUACCAAAUAUGGACAGCGUUAUUAGACUGGCUAAAGCCCAACUCUCAGUUGAGAGUUCAAGCAGUGAACAGAGUUAUUGUUCAUGAAAAGUAUAAUGGAACUACCUACCAGAAUGACAUAGCUUUGAUUGAAAUGAAAAAGUACUCGGGCAAGAAAGAAUGUGAGCUGUCUAAUUCUGUCCCGGCCUGUGUCCCAUGGUCUCCAUAUCUAUUCCAACCAAAAGAUAAAUGUAUCAUCUCCGGAUGGGGUCGAGAGAAAGAUAACAAAAAAGUCUACACACUUAGGUGGGGCGAAGUUAACCUGAUAGGCAACUGCUCUCAGUUUUACCCAAAUCGCUACUAUGAAAAAGAAAUGCAAUGCGCAGGUACUGAUGAUGGGUCCAUCGACGCCUGCAAAGGAGACUCUGGAGGUCCCUUGGUCUGCAAGGAUGUCAACAAUGUGACUUAUGUUUGGGGCAUUGUGAGUUGGGGUGAAAACUGUGGAAAACCGGAAUUCCCAGGCGUUUACACCAGAGUUGCUAAUUAUUUUGACUGGAUUAGCUAUCACGUGGGACGGCCUCUCAUUUCUCAACACAAUGUCUGAAGCUAUGACCCCCUUCUUCCUACAGUUAUUAAUCUAGGAGUCAUGCUUUAAUUAAAGUGAAACUGUGUGAUGAGUUCUCAGAGCUGGCAAGAAGCAAGUCUUACUGGCCAGUUCUAUAGGUUUCUUCAAAGUACAUGCCAUUUUAGGAUGCUGCUGUAUAAUUCCCAAAUAAAUAUUCUGCUUAAGCAUA